CUAACGACAGCUUUCGUAAUACACACCGAGGUCUCGUGACUUCCUCGACAUUGUUAUAAAUACUGGUAGGCACAGUUAAAAUUGACUUUACAAUCUACACUUUUCUUCAAACACAAAAUGCGGUUAAAGGUGAACUCUGUUUAUGUUUUGCUUCCAACUAUUAUAAUGUUAAAAAGUAUUGCAACGAUUCCUGUACAAUCUGCUGGCGAAUUUGUAGAGGAGAACCUGCGGGUCCGAGUGCGGCGACAAGACGGGUACGUGUACAACAAGCCCAGUGUAUCAUUUGACCUGCCUCAGAGGUCUACUCCGGCACCCACUCAAGCACCGAAUGUUGACAGGACGCUGACGCAGACAAUGUUUUACGCGUAUCCAGUGCCAGCCGGCGGUGACACCGUGAACAUUGGACAAACUUCGAAGAGCACAACUACCACUGCUACUGCUGUAUCGUCAGGUGGAGGUGGGGGUGGGGGAUACAAUUACAGGUCCUCUGCUACUGGAAGCGCAGCUGGUGGCUACGAUUAUAGUUCGCAGACAUCUGGAACCCAAGUCAACAGUGGUUCUCAGGUCUCAACGGGAUCGCAAGCCACUGCAACUGGAAGCCAAACUGCCACUAACACUGGUUCUUCUCAAUCUAGUUCAGGUUACGGUAACAACGUUCCGUCACCUACUCUUUCUCCAACUCUUCAGGGUUCGUCAGAUGUAUCCACUAGUGCGCCAAAAUAUUUACCACCCACUGAGAGUGGUACAUCUGGAGGAAGUGCGACCACUGGUGGUAGUGUGAGCAUUGGAGGCGUCUCUGUUAAUUCUGGUUCUGGACAGGGAUACACUGGUAGCACUUCUGUGCAAGCUGGUUCAGUGGGUACUCCGUCCGAUAAGUACUUGCCACCAUUGGGAACUUCAACAUCUGGAACAUCUGGUACAUCGAUCGGAGGCACUGUCACUGGUAAGACAGCAGGCAGUCAAACUAACGUAGGUGGUUCGGUAUCUAUUCCGAGUGCCUCAUAUUUGCCACCCAACUCAUCUCCACCGUCAGCAUCUCCUGUAGGAGCUCCCAGCCCUCAACCAGCUCCAACACCACAAACUGGUUAUAUACCACCGGCAGGAACUAAUUCUGGAGCAGGAACAGCAUCAACUCCCGCAUCUGGAUACUUACCUCCGUCGUUUUUUUAGACUAACUCAUACAAUACAUACGUAAAUAAAUAUUUGAAUUUAAUCCAUCGUAUUUAUUAUCCAU